CUUGACGUCAGCACCAGCGCCUUGACGGCAGCCUGUUCCCACAACACCAGACAACAUGGCGGAAGCGGCGCAGUGUCCCGCAGCUGAGGAGGUUCUGAUGGAGAACCAGGAGAGUUCGGCGGCGGGGAAAGACAGCGGGACACCGGGAGCUUCUGCCCGGGACAAACCCGUGUGUCUCAUCGUGCUGGGCAUGGCGGGCUCCGGGAAAACCACCUUCGUUCAGAGGCUGACGGCUCAUCUUCACUCUCAGAAAGCUCCUCCGUAUGUCAUCAACCUGGACCCUGCCGUCCACGAGGUCCCCUUCCCCGCAAACAUCGACAUCAGGGACACUGUCAACUACAAGGAGGUGAUGAAGCAGUACGGCCUCGGACCAAACGGAGGCAUCGUGACGUCACUCAACCUGUUCGCUACGCGCUUUGAUCAGGUGAUGCAGUUCAUAGAGAAGAAGCAGCAGAAUCAUCGGUAUGUGCUGAUUGACACUCCGGGUCAGAUUGAAGUCUUCACCUGGUCUGCGUCUGGAACCAUCAUCACAGAGGCUCUGGCGUCUUCCUUCCCCUGUGUCGUCAUCUACGUGAUGGACACGUCCCGCAGCGUCAACCCCGUCACAUUCAUGUCCAACAUGCUGUACGCCUGCAGUAUUCUCUACAAGACCAAGCUGCCCUUCAUCGUCGUCAUGAACAAGACCGACAUCAUCGACCACAGCUUCGCCGUGGAGUGGAUGCAGGACUUUGAGGUCUUCCAAGACGCUCUGAACCAGGAAACCUCGUACGUGAGCAACCUGACGCGCUCCAUGAGUCUGGUUCUGGACGAGUUCUACACCAACCUGAGGGUGGUGGGCGUGUCCGCAGUGACAGGAAGUGGACUGGAUGAGCUGUUUGUUCAGGUGGAGGAUGCCGCCGAUGAGUAUGAGAGGGAGUAUCGACCCGAGUAUGAAAGACUCCGUAAGCAGCUGGCGGACGCUCAGAGCAAGAAGCAGCAGCAGCAGCUGGAGCGACUCAGGAAGGACCUGGGAGCCGUCGACAUGACAAACACACCUAAGACAGAGGGAGCUGACAUAGCCGGGCCCAGUGACCUCAUCAUGACCCGGGGUAACCCUGACGAGGAGGAGGAGGAGGAAGACAGCGACACGGACGACAUCGAUCACAGCGCUACGGAGGAGAGCAAAGAGGCCGACGCCUUUGGAAACUUUCUGACUGAGAGGAGGGAGGUGGUUCAGGUCCGAAACAAAAAGUGUGCCGUGCCCGACGGACCCUGAACUCUGAACUCUGAACUCUGCCGUCUGACCUCUGACCUCUGACUCUGUCAAGAAGAAAAGAAACGACAGAGACUGAAUGAAGGUGAGGGAACUCAGGAACCUCCCGGUGGUUCCUCCCUGUGAUACAGACUAUCACCUGGAACACAGACGAGUGAAGAUUCCUCCGUCAGUGAUGUUCAGAUAUGAGAUCUGAACUUCCUGCCUGACCAGGUGACCUGUGACCCUGUGACCCUGUGACCCUGUGACCCUGCUCCUGCAGCAAAGCUGAUUGGCUGCUCCUCAGCGUCGCUCCCUCCCUAUAGAGACAAACUUAUAUUUUUAUAUCAGAAAAGACUUUAUUCUGCUUUUCUCAUGUUCUUCAUUCUGUCGACUUUUGUUUGUGAAGCACUGACACUGACUACGAUCUGCUAAAUAAAAGUGAGCUUUUCCUCAUCUUUGGUUUUA